AUGAUACUUACAAAAUACGUUUGCAAAUUACAUCCAUUUAUAAGCGCAAUAGUUCCUCAAACACGAAAUCUAAGGUCGAAUAUUAAAAUAGGAAAAGAUAAGUUCCAGCUGAGUGUCGAUGUUCAUAAAUUCAAUAAAGACGAAUUAAGAGUGAAGGCUAGACCAGACUGCCUGGUGAUUGAAGGGAAGCAAGAGAGAAAGACGAAAACUGGCUACGUCAUGAGAAGGUUUACAAGAAAAUUCAGAUUACCUCCGGGUUGCAGUCCGAAGAAGAUUGAAUCUAAGCUGUCUCCUGAAGGCAUUCUCACGAUAACAGCGCCUAGAAAAAAUUGGGAAGCAACUACGCCCUGUGAAACUUUGAUACCAAUAGGUUAUUCAGAUCCGCAGAAGAAUGAUAAGGAACAAAUUAAUAUUAAAAGCACGAAUUCCUGUGAGGAUUACUUAAAUAACAAAGACAAUAAGAAAGAAUCUUAG